CAGCUGCCAGCACCAACCAUCGCCAAAGCGGCAGCUCGACCGGCAGCCAUGGCGCGCGCCUUCGUGCGCUCCAUCUCCUUCCCUCUCAGCCCCUCGAGGUCUCCCAAGUCGCGCGCUCCCUCCUCGUCGUACCACGGGCGGUCCGUGAGCCUGCCGUGCCGGUCGCACCCGAUCCUGGCGCACCUCCACACCCACAUCCGCGCCGUGCUCGCCUGGGCGCAGCAGGGCCCAGCGGCGUUGGCCUCCUCCGUCGCAGCGGGGCUGGCGCACGUCGACGCGCUCCACGCCGCUCUCGGCGACCUGCUUGACUUGCCCGAGGCCCAGGACGCGCUGUCCGGCGCCGGCGGCAGCGUGGACCGCCUCCUCGACUCCUUCCUCCGCCUCGUCGACGCGCACGGCUGUUUUCAGGAGGCCGUUGUUGCGCUCAAGCAGGACGUGGCCGACGCGCUGGCCGCCGUGCGUCGCCGAGACGGGGCGCGCCUUGCCUCCGCCGUGCGGGCCCAGCGCAGGGCCGGCCAAGAGCUCGCCCGCCUCGCCGCCACGGCCAGGGAGUCCGCCGUCCGGCCCUCGCGCCUGAGCAUCCUCGGCGGCACCCAAGGCAGCGCGGCGGAGGUGGAGGUGACGGGGCUGCUCAUGGAGUCGGCCGCGGCGACGGCGUCGGCUUCCGCCGCGCUGUUCGGGGCCGUGGCGGCCAUGUCCGGGUCUGUGGAGGCGGAGUCGUGCUCGUGCAAGGGCACGGCGGCGCUGUCCAUGUCCGGGUCUGUGGUGGCGGACGUGGCGGAGAGGCUGGAGGAGCUGGAGGAGUGCAUCGAGGAGCUGGAGGCCGGGAGUGAGAAGGUGUUCCGGAGCCUCGUCCAGACCAGGGUCGCGCUCCUCAACAUCCACACCCUGCACAUCUUCUAACUUUACUACUACCAACCAUCUUAGCUGUACUCGUGAAAUUAGUGGCAGCAAGAAAUCCUGUAACUGUAAAUAAGUAGUAGAUGAUGAAUAGAAGAAGUAAUUUGUAGUACUA